GCGAAGACGGGACCCUCCCAACCUACACCCCACCUUCCAGCCCAGCGGCGCCUCUUGCCGGAUUUGGGGCGCUAAAACCGCAACAGCAAAUGAUAGCGCUGCAUUUCGCUACCUGAACAGGGCCGCCUAACUCUAAAAGACGCACGACAUGCAGCGCUCGGCAGCCACUCCGACACCGUCGGCCGCCCCUUUCUUCUCGUCCAUUUUUGGCGGCGGCGGCGGCACCGACAACACCAAAAACACAAACACAAACACGAAUCCCCCGCUUUCCCCCACCAGCAAACCAGCCCAGCAACCGACGAGCCCGGGCGAGGAAGUUACCGGCGGAACUGCCCGUCAACCGAGGACGCUAACGAAGGAUCGAAAGCCCUCGUUUGGCCGCAAAUCGUCCUUCGUCUUCUUGUCGUCAUCGUCACCCAGCAAGAAGACCAGGCGCCGUGCCGACUCGGCCACCUCGAAUCCCGGGCCACCGGCCGAUGGCGGCGGAAUUGCCGUUUCCACUCUUCCCCACCGCCCGUCUACGACCCAGCUGCAUUCUGAAGACCCCGUCCCACCGCUUCCCGACCCCUCGCCCAAGACCAACGACGGCCUCUCGAAGAUGCUCAGCCGCGGUGCCGCGACGCCGAUACCCGGCUACAAUGCCAGCGGCUCGGGGUCUAUGCUCAGUGGUGCCGGCAUGGGACAGCAGGGCGGUGAGCUGAACGUCGUCCACCAGCACAUACAAGAAACCGCCAGCAAGAGGAUAUCAACCCUCGACUAUCUACGAAAGGCGCACGAAGGCCGUAUCUACUGGUUCAACACACUCCUCUUCGACAAGCCCGACCUGCUGCGCAUGCCCUACUUCGACGCGCGCAAACUAGGCCGGCGCGCGACCAACUACCUCCUCCUAGGAAUCUCCCUACCGGCGGUGAUCGACCUGAACUCCAACACGCCAAUCGAGUUCCUCCGGUCGCUCAACACGCUCCUCGCCGAGUUCGACGCCUUCCAGCAGAUCCACACCGAGACGGGCAUCGCCGCCACCUCGCUCACGCGCACGCGCAUCCCGCAGAUGUUCCGCCGCGCCGCCGCCCCCGUCUCCAAGGGCCGCCGCAGCAGCUCCGCCGCCGGCCGCGACGGCGACGUCGGCUACUCCCUCGAGCAAGUCGACAGCAACACCGGCGGCGGCCCAAACGCCGCCGGAGCAGCAGCAGCAGCAGGCACCACAACCGCCACACCAGGCCCAACCCCCGCCCCGGGCAGCGCGGCGGGCGAGGCGGCGCACCACGGCGGGGUCAUGACCUUCGGCGCCUCGGAAGUCGAUCUCCUCCCCGGCGAGGAAUACACCUACCUCCUCACGCCCACAUUACCAUUCGACCCGGAUUUCUUCGAGACCUUCGCCACGCUGUGCGACGUGCUGAUCGACACGUACUCGCGGCUGCUGAGCCUGGUGCCGGCCCCGCGCGACUGUGGUGGUGCUGUUGCGGAGCUGUUCACCAAGGCGGACGGGCGGAUUCGGAAAUUGUUCUUGCAGGCGGCGGUGAGGGAGUUUGAGGAUGCGGGGCGGGCGGGGGCGCGGGCGGAGAUGGCGAGUGUGGGGAGGGUUGUGUUGAGUGGGUUGAUGUGAUGGGGCGUGGUGGUGGUGGUGUGUGGUGGGAUGCGAUGUGGUGUGGUGUGGUUUGGUGUGGUGUGCGGUGUGAAGGGUACGGAGGACGUGAAGCGGGGAGGAGAGAGAGCGGGUGCUGGGAAAUGCGACGGCGGGAGUGGCCCCGAGGUUGAGGUAUCAAAUGGCUUUGGUGGGUAUGUGGGCGGAAGGGUUGGCGUUUGGACGGAUGGCGGGUUCUGGGCAUGGAAAGAUAUCCUAGCAUUGCAUAACGGAAUGGAUGGAAAUGUCGUUGGUAUUCAUUCGAAUGGGGGUUAGAGUCUGAGCGUAUAGCAUAGUAGUAUAGCCGUACUCGCGAGCCGGAUCAUGACAAA